CGCCCAGCAGUUCAAGCAGCACCACUGGAGAGGCAGCGUCUCCUCAAAACCAAGGGAGAGAGAGGAAAAAAGGAGAAAACAACUGAAGGGCCUCAUAUUUAUAGAAAGGGCCAAAAACUGAAGACAACUUCCAGGAUUCCAGGAGACAUUUUGAAGGACUGAUAACUUCCUCGGUCUGGCAGCAAAAUGAGCUGGAGUUUCCUGACUCGUCUGCUGGAUGAGAUCUCCAAUCAUUCCACCUUUGUGGGAAAGAUCUGGCUCACAUUGCUCAUCGUCUUCCGGAUCGUUCUGACGGCGGUCGGGGGAGAGUCCAUCUACUACGAUGAACAGAGUAAAUUUGUCUGCAACACGCAGCAGCCUGGUUGUGAGAACGUUUGCUACGAUGCGUUCGCGCCUCUUUCGCACAUUCGCUUCUGGGUGUUCCAGGUGAUCAUGAUCACCACGCCGACCAUCAUGUACCUCGGCUUUGCCAUGCACAAGAUCGCCCGCAUGGAAGACGAUGACUACAGGUCCCAGGGCAGGAAGAGGAUGCCCAUCGUCAAUCGGGGGGCCAACAGGGACUACGAAGAGGCGGAGGAUAACGGCGAGGAGGAUCCUAUGAUCCUGGAGGAGAUUGAACCUGAUAAGGAGAAGGAAUCUUCAAAGAAGCCCAUAAACAAGCACGACGGGCGGCGGCGCAUCAAAAGAGACGGGCUGAUGAAGGUCUACAUCUUUCAGCUGCUAUCGCGCGCCGUCUUCGAGGUCUCCUUUCUGUUUGGGCAGUACAUCCUCUACGGGCUGGAGGUGGCGCCUUCCUACAUUUGCACUCGCUCCCCCUGCCCUCACACGGUGGAUUGCUUUGUGUCGCGUCCCACCGAGAAAACCAUCUUCCUGCUCAUCAUGUACGCCGUCAGCGCUUUGUGCCUGCUCUUCACGAUGCUGGAGAUAAUUCACCUCGGCAUCAGCGGGAUCCGGGACUGCCUCUGCCGGCCGCGACCACGUUCCCGUGCCUCUCGCCACUCCGCCCUGGCCAGCCAGAGAUCCUCCAUCAGCCGCCAACCCUCGGCGCCACCAGGCUACCACACCGCUCUGAAGAAGGACCCGUCUGGAAAAAUGGCUUUCCAGGACAACCUGGGAGACAUGGGCCGCGAGUCCUUCGGCGACGAGGUGGAAAGGAUGCGCAGACACCUGAAACUGGCCCAGCAGCACCUGGAUUUGGCGUACCAGAACGAGGAGAGCAGCCCGCCUCGAAGCAGCAGCCCGGAGUCCAACGGCACCGCCGUGGAGCAGAACCGACUCAACUUCGCCCAGGAGAAGCAGAGCAGCGCCUGCGACAAAGGUCUGCGUGCUUAAAAACACAAAAGGA